UUAUACCCCUAACAGAAACAGAGGCAAAUAGAAAGAAAUGGCAGACGAGAAGAACAAUAUAGUUUGGAACGAGAAGGCGAAGAGAUUCGAGACGGAGGACAAGGAAGCCUACCUCUCGUACGAGCUCCGGAGAGAUAUCGACGGUGGCGGCGCCCAAACGACGAUGGACAUAACCCACACGUACGUGCCGCCGAGCAAGAGGGGCUUAGGCCUCGCCGCCGACCUCUGCGCCGCGGCCUUCUCGCACGCUCAGAGCCACUCUUUGUCUGUCAUACCCACCUGCUCUUACGUCUCCGAUACAUUUCUUCAUAAAAACCCUAAUUGGAAUUCGGUUUUGUACAAAGGAGAUGUCAAGUCCAGCAUGUGAGGUGGUAAUUUGUAUUUCUAUUGUGUUUUUUAUGGGGUGUUCCAUGUUUGUUACCUUUAAUAAAGAUUUGAGAGUAAAGAUGGUUGUGUUGUGAACUUGUGAUUGUAUUUAAAAAAAAAAAAUGUUUUUCUUUUAUUUUUUGUUGUUGUUGUUUUGGUCUUUUUUAUUAUUCUAAUUCUAAUUAAAGAUUGGAUCUUUUUUAACUAGGAUUUAGGACUUGUAAUUUCAAUAUGUAGCUAAAAUAUGAAUAAAUAAAUGAUAAAUUGAUAAUGUAAACAAGGAUGCUUCUGUUUGUGUUGAAAUUGAAAAGCUUUUUUUUUCCUGUUUUUCUUUUUCUUUGAUUGUUGUUGUCGUGAUCAUUGUCUUGUAUUGGUAUGUUAUUCUAAUUAAAAAUUGGAUAUUUUUUUCAUUAGGACUUGUAAUUGCAUUAUG